CACCUUGCAGUCGAUCAGAAAGGUUCAUCUACAAGAAGUUCACACUUGGACGCGGCUUGAUAGGAUGAGGUUGAUCUACUUGUGUGUAAUAGUGGGUGUGGUGAUGGGGAGAGAUGAGAAGGUGUCCAUCCCUCAUAUGUACAUCAAGUUGGUGAUGGAUUUUGACAAGGUUCGGAAGUUCCAUUGGGGUCUUCACUCGUAUGAUUUCCUGUUGAGUUCGAUUGAGAAGGCAAUGAAGAAGUUGGGUAAGAAGGAGAGCUACAUUUUCGAGGGUUUCUCCUAUGCUCUCCAGAUUUGGAUUAUGGAGGCAAUUCCUGAUUUUGGAGAAAUAUUAGGCAGAAGAGUCUCAGACAGCUUCAAAGGUCCAAGGUGUGGCAAUUGGAAAGGAGUUGCAAAAGUUUCUUAUGAAGACAUCAUUGAGCUCGAGGACUCCUUAACUAAGAAGGAUAACUUCUUCUCGGUCAUAUCAGUGACUGGUAAUGGUGAUGUGUUUCUAGAUGCUCAGUACACAAGGGAGGGUGAGAUGGAAGAUGAACGAGUGGACCUUGUUUUGGGGAGGAUCAGGAACAAGUAUGAUUGGAGCAACACAGACUGGCCAGUUUUAGACCCUGAAGAGUCUAAAAUGGAGGAACCCGACUGCCAUGAUAGAGGGUCAGAAGCUGAUAAGAGCGUGGAUCAUACGGACGUUGUAGCAGAUGAGGAGACCUCUUCGGUUAAGGUUGCAGGAAAAGGCAAGAGAAAGUUUCUUGAUGAAGGAGCAGAGACAAGAAAGAAGAAGGUGCUGUGUAAGCGAUCAGCAGAAAAGUUUCUGACUUUUGGUCCUGAAACUAUGAGUUUCAUUGAGGGUCUUAUCCGCACAUCUGUCACUUCAUUGGGAGAUGUGCUCAGUAUGCAAAUGGCGAAUAUGGAGAGGGUGUUUACAGAGAGGAUGGGGAAGAUGGAGAUUGAUGUUUCACAGCUCAGGGACGCAAUCAGUUUGAUUGGUGAAGGAAGCUAUCCUAGUAAGAAAGAAACUGAAGAAGCUCCACUAAACAGCAAAGCCAAGGAAGCUCCACCUAAGAGCAAAGGCGCUCAAGCUCAACCUAAGCGCAAAGGCGAUCAACCUACUCCAACAAAAAAGACUUGCGGGACCUGUCCCAAGCUACAUUUGUUGACGGUUUUGAUCUGUCUCAAGUGAAAGUUGAGACGUUAAGUAAAUCGAAACCGUUUAACAUGGCUCCACUGCAGUGGAAUGAUGAGCAAAUAGAUCGAACCAAAGAAGACUCGCCAGAUGUCGCGUUGGUGUUUUUCCGUGAAGAGGAUUGGGAAAAAGUUAGAAUUUGGUCAACUUC